CGACGUGUUGUUAACGCGGAUGGCCCGUCAAGCUAGCGACCGACUGUACUCCACAUGCAGAAGGAGGAGUCUAGUGAGACUUAAUGCCAAUGGCUGUCUCCAGUGUGGCAAUGUGUUGAGAGCGUUCCAAGCCUGAUCAUCAUCGAUCUCCCGCAGCCCAACAUCUUGCAUACGAACGAAACUUGGCGCAAAGCAUUUGCAUCGCCAAUGCUCGGACGUCUGUACAUGCAAAGGAUAUGCCGGCCCUUUCGCUCGGAAUGGCAAAGUAACCUUGAAGCAAGUCCGCUACGAGCAGAGUUUGAUGCUGGAUGGAACGACUUUGUGUGCUCGACCAAAAGACUGUCAUCUAGGCAUGACUACUGCAGGUCACUGGUGCCCCUGCGAUACUCACAGCUUGAUGGCAUAGUCACGCAACUGGUAACCUCAUUGCUACUGUUGAAGCUGCAGUUGCCUCUAGUGCACCCCCAUGGACUGACGCUUGGCCUUGCCUUGAUACAUCGCAGAGCAGUUCCAAAAUACGUAUACUCAUGUGAUAGUAAACGAUGGGAUUGUGAAGCGUUCGUGGCAGACAUCUCUCCCAAAUGCUGGUGAAGUUGCCAAAGGCGCAGCCACAUCCAGCCAGGACCGCCUCAGAGCCCCCGCGACGCACGGGCCACCUCUGAUAACGCAGGUACGAAGAACUU